UGAAAUCCUGACGUCAGUUGAGGACCAAAUCAACCAAUCAGACACUUGCGCGGUAGACGCGUUGAUGCCGAAGCAGAACACUCGACGUAAUACAUCCACGCACCUGCAGCUUCAAUUAUUAGAGAGUUUCUUUGUUUGGUAGUGUUAUUACUACUGCGGGUAUUUCGCCAAAUAAAUGAAAUGUAAAACGGGCCACAGUGAAGCGCUCAUUUAACCCCAGAGGAGACGCUACAAAUUGUAUUUGACUGUCAUCUAGUGGAUGUUUCAGGCCACAGACUGGCUGUCACCGGCCGAGAGAGAGCAGUUUCUAAUGGAGUUAAAGGCCACAGGCUGGGUGGAAGUGGAAGAUCGAGAUGCUCUUUACAAGGAACUGCACUUCAAGACAUUUAACCAGGCUUUUGGCUUCAUGUCUCGAGUGGCUCUACAAGCAGAGAAGAUGAACCAUCAUCCAGAGUGGUUCAAUGUUUAUAACAAGGUGCAGAUCACUUUAUCUACACAUGACUGUGGAGGACUGUCAAAGAAGGACAUUAGACUGGCCAAAUUUAUUGAUAAGGUCGCACUGUCCUUGUAGUCAAACUGCACAACAUCAUAUAUUAAAGCUCUAUAUGAUGUUCAUUUGUGGUGGGAGAUUUUUUACCGUUUUGCUUCAAUAUUGAAAAAAUAGGCAAUUUUAUGCGUAUUAAAAUGGUUUACUUUUAGAUGAUUACGUGUAGUUCUCCACAGUCUUAACUGUGUGGUUACAUCUUUCCAACUUGUUUUUAGAGCAGAGAAUGUCAGAUAAUUAAUAAGAAAUGAUGAAAUUAAGUGAUCCAAAUUCUGUGAGCCCUCAGUUAUACAGUAAGUUAUAUAAAAGCCUUAAGCAUUAAAGACAAAACCACUCUCCAAAAAAACAGAAACAUAACUGGACAGGCGAGUACAGCGAACCUUUACAUAAUGUUUUUUUACACACAUCCAUUAACAGAACUUCCCAUCAGAUCAUUCAUAAGAGCAUAUAUUGACACAGCCAGCGUGUUUUAAUGUUGGCUGGACUAAAGCGCAGACUGCAAGAGUUUCAGACAUCGACACAAGAGACAAAUAAUGCAUCAACACAAAAAUGAUCAGAUUGAAAGAGUCAGUGGAUCUGUUAAGAACAAGGAUGGAUUACAGACACUGGAUUUUUCCAUGUAAAGGCCCCAAUGUUUCCUGCAUUAAAUUAUCGUUUUUGUAAGAAUUUUGUAUUUCUUUUUGAUAAGAAUAAUUUUUCUUAAAAUGGUCAUGUUUUUUCUUUUGUACAUGGUACUUGUUUUUGUCCUAACAGUACACAAGGAUGGGUGUCCUUUAAGAAUUCUACGAGUUGUAUUAGAACUGCAGUCUCACUUCCACUGAAAUAAAUGUGACUAUUUUGUCAUCUUCAUGUGUUAACAUUGUAAACUGCUUCACAUGAAAACUAUGUUUGAACAAAAACGAGCAUAUUCGAAAUGAAAAUGGUAACGUCUUUGUGUGACUUUUUACUUAACCACAACUGUUUUUAUGGAUUAGAAUUAAUCACUACAUCAUGCUGUUAUAAGUUCAUAUUUACAUUUACAUUGAGUCAUUUAGCUGACGCUUUUAUCCAAAGCGACUUACAGAGAGUUCAGGGAGCAAUAAGCGAUAUGUCAUACAGGAGCAAUAAUACAAUAGGUGCCAAUACAAAGUUACUAGUUUCAACAAAAGCUAGACCACUACCUGUUGAGAGAAAGAGAGAGAGUUAGUUUUUUCCUCAUUUGUCAAGUAUUCACAGAAGAGAGUGGUUUUAAGUAGUUUUUUUGAAUGUUGUGAGAGAUGUGGUUGACUGGACGGAGAUAGGAAGAAUGUUCCACCAGGAAGGAGUUGUGAAGGAGAAUGAGCGGGAUGCAGGAAAGCGAUUUACUGCCCUUAUGAGAAGGCAAUACAAGACGCCGCUGGUUUGCUCAAUAUGACAUAUGACAUAAAACAAGUCAUAGGUUGGCUAGAGGCGUAAACAUGCACAAACAUGAGAUUGCAUAUGGUAGCCUAUUGUGUUACCCUUCUUUUAGUUGCUGGUUUUACAUGAUUUCCAUAAAAAGUCAUGCUGAAAAAAUGAUUAUAUACAUGUUAAAUCAGCUGAACUGCAUGCCAGUGGGGCUAAGAUCAACCUGGUAGAUCCAAGCAGGUUAAAGCUAUCAAGACGUCAUGGAACUGAUAAUAGAUAAAAACGGAUUUAUCUACGCAGCCACCCUUUCAAGGCACCAUAUUAGCCAAAAUAGAACUAGUUGACCGCCAUUUUGGUAAAACCCUUGCGUAUCUAUUUUUUAUGUAGAAAAAAACAAAUAAAUCUAGCAUCUACUUAAAUUGUUGACUCCAAAACUGUUAUAGAUUCAUGUUAUAUACAACAAUCUUUUAGGAUAAAAUCUGUCAACAGUAUUUACAAAAUAACAAAAAUGUCUAUUAUAGGAAUAGUUCAGUAAAAUUAUCUAAAUAUGUACAAAUAAAAAUGUCAUUGUUCAUUGAUGGCUGUAACAACAUUGUUUUUCUGACACACUGAAAGUAAGUGUUUAGUAAAAUGUUCUAGUGAUUUUUUCAUGUGAUAAUAGUGGAUGGUCAUUUGAAUUAUUUGAUAAAGGAUAUACUGUAAAAGGACUAUAAAAUAGUACAUUAUUCAUAUAAUUGGUACCCUAUAAUUGAAGUCUUCUGAAACAAGCCUUGUGUGAUAAUGUUUCCACCUGUGUGAUGCUUUACACUUCAGUUGUCUGAUAAGAAGAACACUGGUGAUCUUGCUCUUUGCCUCUAAUUGGACUGGAUAUGGACUUAUGUUGCAUCAUUAUGCUCCAUCAUACUUCUUAACAUCUCAAUAAUGAGAUUAGUGUUUUUUAAUGGCUGCAAGUGAUUAAUCAUAAAUUACUAAAAAAGGACUAAAAUCUACAUUUGCUUAUUGCAGUUGCAUAUUACUGAAUUAAGAAACAGUGUAUGGAGCUAGACGUUGUUAUUUGAAGCAUGCCAAGGUCCAGAUUUGCAAUGUAUUAAACAAACCUGAUAAAUUAACUCAAUCAAAAGCUGUAAAACCAACAUGAGUCUUGAAAGGGUUCUUGGAGAUGUUGCUAAAUCAAAGGUGGAUGUAACCCUUUUCUGCGUUUUUUUUAAGACAAAAAUUGUGAGAAACUUAGGGUUUGUUUGCAAGAGUAAUCAUGUUGAGAAACAUUAUCUCUCCCUGCUGUGUAAACUGUUAUCCAGAUGAUCAAUUCUGAUUAUCUAAGGCAUUAAAAUAUCCAAGAAUAACGAUACCAGGCUCAAAACAAAUUCUACAUCUCCUGUGAAAAUGAUUUUUUUGUCACCACUAUACUUGGCAACUGAGUAAGAAUCAAAUGCCAUUGGGCUUCAUAGCGGAAAAUUUUAAUAAAAUAAAUUCAUAAACGGUGUUUGUAUUUAAAAUAAAAGUGUUUUAAAAAUGAAUUUGAUUAAACAUUAACUUUCAACAAAUAUUUCAGCCAAAAAUGCUAUUUCUUUUUAACUUCAGUAUAAAAUAUUUCAUUUCUCAAAUUUGGUUGUUCAAAGUUUAAACAAUGUUAGAACUUUAUUCUGUUUGUGUUUUGUGUUCAUUUGUAAAGACUUGUAAUUUUACUCAUUUGUAAAGAGCCUGAAGUGCACAAAGUGUAUGUUUCGUCUGGCUUUGAAUUUCAAUUCAAUAACAGGUCUGACACCAGAUACCUCCAAGGGACAGUGUUAAACUGGGCACUUUUUUGAGACUCUUAAAAUUAUUGCUAAAUAUGUAAAAUAGUCAUUGAGCAUAACUUCAUAUCAAUUCAUAUGUAAAUUCAUAUGGGGAAAACAUGACUGCAGUUUAAGAGGAUCUUACAUCAGAAUUAUUAUAUGAAGAGUUUGGUUCCAAAAUGAGAUAACUCCGUUUUUUAAUUUCUUCAAAAAUCAUGUUUUUACUGUGUUUUAUUGUGUUAGUUAGCUGUGUUUUUUUUAGUUAUUAUGGCUUAAACCAAAACAAACCAACUGAAGUUUGAUUGAUAUUAAUUGGAAUGCACAAUAAAAAAACAUGAUUUCCAAGAUGAACAUUUUUUAAAUCGGAGUUAUCUAAUUUUGUAACCAAACUCUUCAUAUUGAGAUGAAGGAUCUGUGUCCACGCCAGUUUGUCAUUCUUCGACUUCUAUCUGAAAACGCUGGAGAAUCAAGAUAACAGCUUAAACAAGUGAAAAACUCAUUCUUAGCAGCGCUAUCACAAAACAGCUUGGUUAAUCAUUCCCUUUAGACAGGAUAACAACCAAUUUUGUAAGUCUAUAAAAAGCAGUGUUGGCAAGCAGGUUUGCUUUAGGGUUAUUGAGAUGUGCAAGUAUUUUGAGUUGGUUGUCUUUAUGUGCGUCAUUUCCUAUUUAAUGAUAUGGGCUGAUUGUAAACAUUGUUUAAAUAGAUAAAUAUAUGUGUAUAUAUAUGUAUAUAUAUUGCUGGUGUAUUUCGUUGCUGAUUUUAUUACUCAAAUGUAUGUUUAAUGGCUUUGUCCUGAAGCCGUCGAGAGUUUUUAAUUAAAUAUACAGAUAAUAUAAAAAAGUAAAUGUCUUUUAUUUUUACAAAUCAAAUGUAGCAGCUCAUGUUGAAAUGUAGCAUGCUGGCAUGAUGAAAACAAA